AGACUGAUUUCAGAGCAUGUCGCCGGCAGCUCCCGGUUCUUCUUAGGCAAGAACAAAGCUCACAAACGUAGGAAACUACCAAUAAUUAUAUAUAUAUAUUUUUGAAAGAAAUUAGAACCAGGAACUCAAAGACCACAAACAGAGCUCAGACAAGUUGACUACAUCAACUGAAUACCUAUAAACCACCAUGAGGACUCUGUUCAUAUAUGCUCUUCUGUCAGUGUGCUGGUUUAUGGCUGUUGUGAACUCAGAUGCCGUUGUUGACCCUGGUGCUCCAGCUGCAGAUACAUCCAGCUGUGAAUCCGACUCUUCUGAGGACACCCAAAACCCACCAGUUCCUGAUUCAAGUUGUGAAUCCUCACAAGAAUCUUCAGAGUCCUCAUCAUCUGAAUCUUCAGAGUCCUCCUCCUCAGAAUCCUCAGAAUCCCUACCGGUGGACAUGAUUCCAUCCUUCGAUAUUGCUUUACCUGAUGGGUUAAGAGCCUUUGGAUCACACGACUCGUCAAAACCCUCUAAAUUGUCCAAAUCUCCUGAACCGGUCGCUCCAGCGUCCAAGUCUCACGUUAAAGUGGUUGCAAAAAGAGACCUUGCUUCCUUUCUGGGGAAACAAAGACAUGCUUCAGAGAAACCCUCUCCUCCACAGCAGAAAAAAAGCAAAAAAAUGAGACCUGCCAACCAAAUGCUGCCCAAGAUGGAGUGACUGAAACUGGAGCCAUAAUCUCCACAAAUAUUAUUUAAUCAAGAUUGAUCUUUGUUCCUGAUUAAGUUUAGACUUACCACCUUUGAACAGUCAUAAAUCAGAGUUAUGAUUUAGCAUCUUCAGAUGUUUUAUUUUUUA